GUGCUGUGAUAUUAAGUAAUGCCAAUUUGUUUCAAUUUACAGAGAAAAACUAAUGAGAGCAUAAGCAGUGUUCUGCAGAAACUAAACUUUGAAGAAUAUGCUCUACAGUUCAGAGAAUUUGCCUACUGUUGUGAGUUUUACAGACUCCUUGUGAAGCAUAAACUCCACAGAAUCAGUGGGACUGUACAGAAACACGUAUUUGGUAUUCUGGAGCAAAUGACAAACGCUGCCAUAUCAAUGGAACUGUUUAUACCGCCACUGAAACACACCCUUAAGGAAGUGUUGGACUGUAUGAAUGAUAAUGAACAUGCGAUGAUAGGAAGUAAAGCUUUGAGGAGGAAACAUCAUGAUCUCAUCAGCAACUGUCUGGUCAGGAUAUCAAGGUUCCAGUAUACACAGAGAGAAGAUGAUGGAAACCUCUGUCUCCUUGAUUUACCCAAGGAGUGCCUCAUCAGCAUAAUGAAGAAACUGGAUCGACCCCGGGACAUUGUUAAUGUGGCCUUGACCUGUUCCACCCUGGAGGUCAUUGCUAUGGAUAAUGCAGUUUGGGAAUCAAUGUGUCUCUACCACUUCAAUGACAAGGCCAUGAGUGAUUAUAUCAGCCAUAUUGAGUACUACAGUGUGGACUGGCUGGAUGUCUUCAAAUUUUGCAGCAAGAAAUUGAAAGUUUUGAAGAGGAUUUAUGGAGAUGAGCUUGUGGUGUGUGACAACUGUAGAGGAGUGUUUUGGAGGGUGGUCGGCCAUGACUGUUUAAACAAGGAAGGAAUUCCAUCAAACACCCUCCUGACUCCGUCCGAUUUUCUAGAUCUGCUAAAUCUAUAGCUAUAUGUGUGAUACUUACAUAAAGACUAACACCUGAGGAGGUGACAGGUGUAUACAUAUCUCCUUGAAACUUUAAAUAUGGCAACACUGACUAUGGUAACUUAUUUUUUAUUCAUUUUGAUUUUGCUGUAUUUUUGCUUCUAUGGUCUUUGCCUUGAAUGAUGUUAUUAAUAUAUAGACACUUUUGAUAGAAUAAUUUUUGCAUUUGUAUUGAAUUUUUAAGUUCACAUAGUGAACACAUUUUUGUCAUUUUUUUAUAAUUGCAGAAAUAUUUAUUGAUUAUUCACAAUAGUUGGGUCAAAGGUGAAAGUUUUCAUCCAAUGAAUUUAACACCUGUUUGUCUAUAUUUACAUGUAUACCAUUUAACAUAAAGAUGUCCAUUUUUUGAGCAUUUCUAAAUAAAUUUUCUGAAAGUAUAUUUAUACCUCCCUUCGAAGAAAGGAGGGCAUAUUGCUUUGCUGCUGUCUGUCGGUCGGUCUGUCUGUCAGUCCACCAACAGUUUCCAUUCGUUUUCUUUGCAGAGGUUGCACAUACUGAAAUGAAAUUUGAUAUACUGAUUUAUCAUAAGAAUAUCUAGGUCAAGUUCUGUUUUGGGUAUGAUCGAGGUAUUUUUGACAAAAUUAUGCCCCAUGAACUUAGAAAAAUUCCAAUUAUUUGCAGUUUCUGUUCAUUUUCUUUGCAGAGGUUGCAUAUACUUAAAGGAAAUUUAGUAUACAGAUUUAUCAUAAGAAUAUAUAGGUCAAGGUCCGUUUUGGGUAAGAUCGAGGUAUUUUUGACAGAGAUAUGCUUCUUGGACUUAGAAAAAUUCCAAUUAUUUGCAGUUUCCAUUCAUUUUCUUCGCAGAGGUUGCACAUACUGAAAUGAAAUUUAAUAUACAGAUUUAUCAUAAAAAUAUCUAGAUCAAGUUCUGUUUUGGGUAUGACCGAGCAAUUUUUGACAGAGUUAUGCCCCUU